AUGUCGUCUCGAUCAGCCGGAGGACGACGUCGCCAGCUCAAGUCUGCGGCCAAGGCACAAGCCGCCUCGCCCCAGCCGCCACCUGCGCCCCCCACCCCCUCGUACGCAAGCCACAGUCCACAGCCGUCUCCUGGUCAAGGCCAGAUGUACAUGAACCCAUACAUCCAACCUUCACCGGAUUCCUAUUACCAGCCAUUCUCACCCACGGUGCAGCCAAUAGCACCUUCGCCGAUCCCCUCUCAUGACGAUAAGCGGUGGUACCAGCACCCUGUUCCGAAGGACAUUAUUCUUGCGCCCCCAGGAUCUAUGGCGUUCGCGCGAGUCUCGACGCCACCAUCGUCUCCCGACGCGCUCACGCCUACUACGAUGUCAUUUUCGUCCAUGUCGCUGUCGUCUGCAUCAAGCACACGAUCUCCCGCACCGACGUACACGACACUCUCCCCUACCAUGUAUUCCCCCGAGCUAGCAAACUCGCCACCUUCAUCGUCGCCCAUAUCGUAUGGAAGUGGUCCAAGUUCUCCCCCGCUACUCCUUCAACCACAGCAACCGCAACAGCAACCGCAACCGCAACAGCCACUUCAACAGGUCGUGUCAAGGACUUCGGCCAACAGUUCUAACCAAGCCUUUGUAUACCCGACAUGUCGGUCAAAUGCUCGUCCAUCAAAUCAUUCUCCGACAGCCUCUUCUUUCCCGAAAAUCAGCCUCAAGAGUAAGAAGAAGAACAAGGGCUCGGAUUCGAGGUCUAAUGACGACGGGAAGGCUAGCCCAAAGGGUGAGCCAACCUCUGGUGGACGGUUCAGAGCGCUGCUCAAACGGAGCAAGAAGAAGAGGGCACUGACCCCCAUCAUCUCCGAAACCCCUACUCCCCUAACCCCUGAGCCGAUCAACAUCACACGACAGUACUCCCCCACCAUUCAGACGAACGAAUCCAUCGAAAGCUUCGCCUGGCUCAAGAAACAGGAUCAGACUCUCCACCCCUACACCUCUGAGGCGCCGUACAUGCAGGCAUAUGAUCCACCCUUCCUCGAAAGGCAAUUCACGCGUCUUCUGCAGCGACUGUCCCCGAGGGAAUCGCCUUGCUUCCAUGAUUAUGGUCGGCAUCCCCCCGCCCAUGUGUUGGAUCUCGGGUGUGGCACGGGGACCUGGGCCCUCGAAGCCGCCUCAUACUGGAAAGCCCACGGCACCCGCAUUACCGGGUUCGAUCUCGUCGACAUCGCGCGAGACGAAUGGGGUCGGGCCCGAGAUGCCAACGCCACACAGAACUUACGGUUUGUCCGGGGAAACUUCCUGACAUAUAGGUUGCCAUUCCCAGACAAGACGUUCGACUUGGUGAGAAUGGCGAAUUUGACAUUGUGUAUACCGUACAGCAAGUGGGAACAGGUGUUGAGUGAAGUGCGGCGUGUUAUGACGAUCAAUGGGCGGCUUGAGCUGGUGGACGAUCAGAUCAUGUUCCCAUACGCCAGGCCGUUCUCACCCUCACCCUCACCGCCUCCGUCCCGGCCCCCCAGGUUAGACAUUCCCAUCCCUUCAUCGUCUUUCAAUGUUCCCCGCCGCAAAGAGUACGAGGAGGAUGACUACGACUUGGAUGAUAUCCUCGGAGACGACGAUAGCGACCUAGAGGGGGAAACCUCGUCGAGUGCCACUCCUACCAUUUCCGGCGGUUCUGAUACCUCUUCUAGGCGCUCGACCGAACGUGUUUCUAGUACGAAAGGCUCAAUCCCUAGCAGCGGCAGCAGCAGCGGCUCUAAACGCCAUCACCCAACCACACCUUGGGAUCUCCAGGCCGGGUCCUGUCAGGGACUGGAAACAGUGUUCGAAAAUAUGCUGAACGAGAGGUACCACGUUCACCCGAGGCCAUCAGAGUUCCUGGUCGACGUGCUGAAGCGGAUUUUCGGCAAAAGGCAUACGAGUCUCAUGCGAAGCAUGCAUAUCGAGCUGGCGCCCACAGAGUUCGUUUCGGAGGAUCCCAUCCCGAUGAAGCAAGGCUCGGGAUACGGCGCGAUGGCAGCGGCUGCCGCCGCCGCGAACUUAUCUCGCGGGCGAGUGCAAGAUGCGCUGUCACAGUGCCCGGGCAUCGUCCUCUGGCCGUCCACGUACAUCCCCAUCCCGGCGCAGGAGCUCCAGAUGCACGCUUGCAAACACAUACGCACGCUUUUGGGAUGCAAGUCGGCGCUCGCCGAUUAUGUCGAGCUGCGGGAUAAUGAUGGGGCCCGCGUCGUGGAUGAAGAGUUUUGGGAUGCGAUGCAUGACUACGAAAGCUUCAUCCGCCAGCGAUUUGAGGGCCUGGCAAGGGCGCCUGAUACUCGCCUGGACCCAUCGCAAGGGCACGCCCGAACGGAAUCCGUAGAAACUUCUGAUUCUGCGUCCACAUAUCAGGACUCUGUCCUAGAAUAUCAAUCAAUGUUCCGUAAUCGCUUUGACUUGGGGACCGAGAACAUCGAGCCCGCUGCUGAGAUAGAUUCUAUUAGGAUUGCAUCGCCCACCGGCGUUUUCCAAAACUAUGAUGGACUGCAUUUCAAUCGAUCUAGCGCCGUGCCGCCUUACACCCCCCAAGAACUCACACACAUACGCACCAUCCGGGUCUUCGAAGCUCUCAAACUCAGCGAUGAGGCGCUCUCAUAG